GAGAACACACCUGCCCCUUACACUUUUUCCAAUGUGAUGACCGAAGAUGCAUCCCAGAAUUACGUGUUUGCGACGGUGGAAGUGAUUGUUAUGAUGGCACGGAUGAACGGGAUUGCCCCCCCUUGAACUGCACAGGCUCAAGGUGGACCUGCAAGAAUGUCCGUCAGUGCAUCUUGACAAAGCACCAUUGUGACGGUGUGCCAGAUUGUAAUGAUGAAUCGGAUGAGCAGAACUGCCGUAAGUGCUUCUUAGAUAUGUGUAGGAUUGGAUCAGUCUAAAUGCGAACCCUCCCAUCCUGCUUUUAGGCUUUAAUUUUUAAACUUUUUUUUGGCCUUUGCCCCCUUGGCACCAUAAACCCCUGCGUUACUCUUUACACCCCCACCCCCCCACCCAUUGUUCAGGACAGUAGUGAGCACAACUCUGUAAGAAAUAUUGUUUUAUGCAAUUGAACUUUAGAUGGAAUGAGUAAUGUGAUGCCAUCUCUAAGGAGGGUGCCAGUAUGGGUUUACACCAACCCUGGUGACGCCACACGCUUUAUUAUCUUGGAACCCAGCGCAGUGUCACAUAGCUUCUAAAAGGGACUUACACACUCCUAUUGUAAAAGUCUAUAAGCUUUCACUUGUUACCCUCCAUAUUUUGGUGAUGAAUGAAGCACCAGAAAGUAAAUGAUGUACUUUUAAAGCAUCAACUAAACUUUCAUGAAAACAAAGACAUGAAAUUAUGCUAGUUAGAUUCUAACUGAUUCCAGUCCCUGACAACGCACUGCCUUCUAAACAAUCUUCAGGGGCCCAACAAUCCAUAAUAUUUACCAGCAUCGCCAGAGUAAAUAGGCGUUAUGAUUUAAUUGCUUAUUUCUGUGUCCAGGGAACGGUGUAAAACAAUUAUUAUGUCGGCAGCUCCUUUCUAAACGGCUUUCCCUACUUUUAUACAAUAUAUUGAUUACGCCUUACUAAGUAAAUAUUUCUUGUAGUUAAUAGCCCCUUGUACUGUUGGGCUGAUGUUUAUUCAUGACUCUUAUUGAUGAGCCGAUUAUUUUAAAGCUUUUAAAAAUUUUUAAAUAUAAAUUUUUAUUUAAAAACAAAUGGUUUUAUGAUAUAUUCCACCACCACUCUUUUAGGUAGCUGCAUUGCCCUCCAAAUCUACUUUGCACUUUACCACCACCCUUGGGACAUCCCACCUUGAGAUUCACUGCUCUGAGCUCUUCCCAAUGUCAUAAAACUAAAUAAAAGUCACUUUGCUAGAGACUAUAUGAUAUUGAUACUUUUCAGCAUUCUUUACAUACUCUCUAAAUCAGAUAAAAUGGCUGAUUUUUGUCAUAUUAUAACUUUGAUGCAUUUUGUUUCAUACAAUCCAAGCAAAUGGUACAGUUUGAGUUGAUUACUGCAAGGGGCAAUACUCUUAGUGAAUUAGAACAAUGGGAGUGAACUUCCUCUGUCCCAGUCAGUCAGGCUGCCAAUGAUAAGUUAAUGGCAAGAGAUCCCUGUAGUUUAGAAGCAUUGGAUGCUCUCAUAAUGGCAUAUGAAACAUAUAUAAAUGCUUUAAUGGAUUUCCCAUGGCCCAUUAUUUUAAGAGUUCAAAUCUUCCUUUAUUUUAUCUUUUUGUUUUGGAAACCCAGCUGAACAAACCCCAGACAGCUGCCAUAGAGACCAGUUCCGCUGCACAGAUGGCGGAUGCAUCCCCGAGUCUUGGAAGUGUGACGGGCAGACUGACUGCGAUGAUGAUUCUGAUGAGGGCGCUACAUGUCGUAAGCUGUUUAUCCUUUUCUACAGGAAAAUCUCAUUGUGAUUUAAGGAGAGAUUUUGGUUAACCAAAAUUUCAACAUUCGUGGGCCUACUAUUGUGCCACUUCGGGGCCUACUAUUGUGCCACUUUGGGGCCUACUAUUGUGCCACUUUCUAGGUCCAACCAUAAAUAAUUUUUUUAAAUGGCAGCUAAGGCAAAUUUUGGUCAAAGGGAAAAUGCAUUUCAUUAGGGUAAAUACCACUUGGCUUAAUCAAGAUAUAAUAGGUAAUAUAAGGGGGAAAAAACCAUCCAGCCAGCUGGUAAGGAACUUUAGCAGUGCAUGCCCCUAGACAUGCUAUUGAUUUGCAUAAAAAUCAUCAAGCGAAAUAUACACCAGAGUAAAUGAAUCAAAUUAAAUGUAUUUUUAUUUAGAGCAAAAGUUUCAAAACGGACAAAAGGAAACAAUAACUUUACAAUGGGCAAUUUAUCACCCUUACAAGUCUAAUUAAAGUCACUGGGGUUAGCUCUUAGUCUUUGAGAUGCCAUCUUUGAGAUGCCAGUUUUUUUGGUUGUUUUUUUUUUUGUAUUAAAAAAAUGAUAGCAUCACAUAUAUAAAUCUUAUGUUUCUCACAUCUCAGCACCAGUGAUAUGUUAGUAAAAUGUUGUCUUGUACUAAGGGAUAAAGACAUUAAAAUAUGUUUUUUAUUUUAAAUUCUUUGUGCAACAAAAACAACUUACCUUAAAUAGAUUAAACCAAAUUAUUGAUGAUCUCCUCAUCUCCCCAGCCCCGGUGACCUGCUAUGGAAAUAGGUUUCGAUGUGCCAACGGACGCUGCAUUUUCCAUGGAUGGGUUUGUGACGGUGAUGACGAUUGUGGGGAUAAUUCGGAUGAGGAUGCAGCACUUACUUGUGGUAAGUAGAGUUAUUGGUAACUUGGGUUGACUUUACGGGUUGUACAAGAGUAUAGAAAUAACUAAAAGAGGACAUGAAGGCUAAUGGGGAAUUCAAACAUAGGCUAAUGCACAUGUUUAUUUAGGUGAUAGAGGAAUUUUCUUACAUAAGGUAUUUUACCCAUGCAUCCUAAAUAGAUAGAAAUUAUUUUAAAAGGAAAAGACAAGGGAACUGGGGGCUUAAAGAUAAAUAAAAAGAUACAAUUUUUUUUCCUGAUUUAAAAAAAAAAAAAUUGUUCACUUCAUAGCACAUAGCAAAGAGUUUUUAAUUGAUGAUAUCAACUACAACUCAUCAGUGAUGAAUUCAUCCGUCUUAUUUUAUGUAAAAUCAUUGUGAUUUUUAAAAAUAUGCUCAGUAUUUUGUAUAAAAUAUUCUGUUAUGUUGGUUUUUUUUGUAGCCCCGCCCCCUUUCUCUUGCCCAAGAGGCAAAUGGGAAUGCCCGGGGGGAAGUCACGUCUGCAUCAACGCUACACUGGUCUGUGAUGGCAACCCUGACUGUCCCGAGGGUCACGAUGAAAGUCCUGUGUGCAGUAAGUACAACAUCCACAUUGAUCGCGUGGAAUGCACAGGAUUUUCAGUUUUAUCAAACGAAGCAAUGAACCCAAACCUGAUAGUCCGCCUUCCAAACUAAAAUUGCUUGAAGGGAUGCAUGAGAAUACUGCAUUGGCCCAAAACAUCAUGAUGAAGGGAUGCAUGAGAAUACUGCAUUGGCCCAUAACAUCAUGAUGAAGGGAUGCAUGAGAAUACUGCAUUGGCCUAAAACAUCAUGAUGAAGGGAUGCAUGAGAAUACUGCAUUGGCCCAAAACAUCAUGAUGAAGGGAUGCAUGAUAAUACUGCAUUGGCCCAAAACAUCAUGAUGAAGGGAUGCAUGAUAAUACUGCAUUGGCCUAAAACAUCAUGAUGAAGGGAUGCAUGAGAAUACUGCAUUGGCCCAAAACAUCAUGAUGAAGGGAUGCAUGAGAAUACUGCAUUGGCCUAAAACAUCAUGAUGAAGGGAUGCAUGAGAAUACUGCUAUGGCCCAAAACAUCAUGAUGAAGGGAUGCAUGAGAAUACUGCAUUGGCCCAAAACAUCAUGAUGAAGGGAUGCAUGAGAAUACUGCAUUGGCCUAAAACAUCAUGAUGAAGGGAUGGUGGCCACUGUCAGAAGUAAAAUGUAACCAUCAGCCAAUUUGUUCUGCUGCUGUACUGGAGUUGAUAUGUAUAAAGAUUUAUGGAUUGGUGGGUGACUGGUGGAUGACACUAUAUUUUAUGCACACUUAGUUGUCCUAGCUUCCCUGUUAGAUGGUAUCUAAGCCAAUAUUUUAUGCACACUUAGUCGUCCUAGCUUCCCUGUUGGAUGGUAUCUAAGCCUAUAUUUUAUGCACACUUUGUCAUCCUGGCCCCGUACACACCAUUUAUUGUCGUUCGUUGAUUUUGUUAUUGAGACGCACUUGAAGUGGCAGCCAUGAAUUGUGUAAACAUAAAUAUUUCCUUCAUCCAGAUCAAGACAGCUGCCGAGACAACAACGGUGGAUGCAGCCACAUGUGUUUACAAACCCCUCGAGGUGCUGAAUGCAAAUGCCCAAGGGGCCAAGAGCUUAAUGGAACAAAAGUCUGCAUUGGUCAGUUUUUUUCCCCUGUUUAUUAGGGAUAAAUGAAAUUUCUGAGCCGCAUUGCAUUUCUAAUAAGGAACAGAUUAGGUCAUCAUUUCUUGUUCACCAUUUACCUCCCUUAACUUCUCUGAAUUUAUCAAGGGAUAUCUAUUUACUUAUCUCCCUAGCCCCUCAGUGAGUCUCAAAUGUUAUCUACACCUAGCACCUCAGGGAGUUUAAAAUGUUAUCUAGCCCUAGCACCUCAGUGAUUCUCAAAUGAUAUACAGCCCUAGCAGCUGAAUUAGUUUCAAAUGAUAUGCAGCCUUAGCACCUCAGUGAUUCUCAAAUGAUAUACAGCCUUAGCACCUGAGGGAGCUUAAAAUGUUAUCUAGCCCUGGCACCUCAGAUGUUAAUAAGUUGAGAUAAGUUCAUGCUUUUUCCAAACUCCAAAACAUGAAUUUUUUUUAUGUCGUAUUCAGAUGAAGAUGAGUGCACUCCCCCUGGCCGGUGCAGUCAGUUGUGUGUCAACACCAAAGGCUCGUUCAAAUGUGAAUGUGUGGAGGGCUACUUGUUGCUGACUGACAAAAGGACCUGUAAAGUUAUUAGAAGUGAGGACCCGUCCUAAAUUGUUAGUCUAUUAAACAAGGGUUGAUUUUUUUGGGUAACUCUGCUGUGAAACUGGGUUGUAUCAAGUUCUUUUGUGUAGGCUUAUGAUUUUGAUAUGUCAGUGUUAUGUACCAUUGGGGUUUUGAAGAUUUAAUUUGUGUUAAUAGUUGGCUCAUAGAAAAAAUAAUACCUAAUAAAAGACUGAUCUUACAAUAUGUUAAGAAAACGAUACCAAAAGCUAGUGAUACUAAAAUUUAAAUUAAUGAUAUAAAUACAUUUCUAUUCAAAUACAAAUGUGAGUACAGAAGCAGACAAAACUGUACCAACUUACAGCAAAUAAAAAAUUUAAAAUCCUCAAAAUACUAAUAUUAAUUUAUAAUUUAUACACAAAAUAAUAUGACGUCUCGUAUGUCUAAGUCUUGCUAUGUCUGUCUGCUAAGACACCUGGCAAGCUUUGUGUAGGAAUUAAAUCAGAACGUUCAUGUAAAGAAAAUCUAGAAAUUGUGUCACCUAAUGGCAUUCUUGAGAACAAAUGGAAUGUAAACAACUUUUUCCCCAGACAAGAAAGGUGACGGGCAUGGAAGAAGUGACAUAACACAGUGUCAUGUUAAUAUCAAGGUCAUCCUAGCGGCUAAAAAUGACUCUAUGUUGAAGUUUAAAAAUAGGCCAAGCCAUAUGCGAUUACUAUGCUAUUUGUGACUGUGGGCUUUUGUUAUCAUACUCCUUUUUUUAAAAAACUAUUUUUUCCAUCUAAGAGUUUGGCACUCACCAAAAAUAAGCUAUAACUUCCUCAGAUGUUUAUCUCCUGAUGUGUUUCAAAGUAGGCUGCUGAAUAGAUUAUUCUGAGCUUAACCAAUACUUAUAAUCUCACCAAAAAUACUCUGUAACCUCCUCAGAUGACACAACACUGAGCCUUCUGAUAGCCAGCAGGACAGCUGUGGUCAAGUCAAACUUAGACGUCUGGAUGUACGACCCCCUGCCCUUGCCCCCAUUCAGAUCGCUGACAGCCAUAGACAUUGAUGUCAACCAGUCACACAUCUACUUCUCUGAUACGGUCCUCAAGAAAAUCUUCAGGACCACCAUCAAAGGCUCAGACCUGACAGAGGUUAGCCGAGUUAAGAGGACUAACUAUAAUGCAUGUAACUACUGAUCACACACAAAAGGAUAUCAUGGAUCCUCAAUGGUUAAAAUAAAAUAAAUAUAAACAUUUGAAAUUAGCCUUCAAUUUUUUAGAAUUCAUUCAAAUAUUUUCGAAGCAUUCAUGAAAGCUUGCACAAAAGCUUACACAAAACUGCCUACCUCUAAAAAAUGUAACUCUUAUCAAUAUUUCUAUAGUAAAUCAGCUGAGAAAAGAACCACCAGUCUAAUAGUUAUAGAACUGUUUUGCCUCUAAGAAACAGACUUGUAUGAUAUAUCAAAUGGAAAUGUUUCUUUAUCCUAAACAUUUCCAUGAUCUAACUAUUUUUUACCAGUAUAAACCGAAAUUUUUAAAAUAAUGCCCAGGACUGUAAAGCUCUUCACUAAAUUAAAAAAAUGAUUAUUGUUGUUUUAAUUUAGUAAGCUUGUAUAGAAGACUGCUAAAAAAAAAAAAGGGUUUCUGUUCAUUUAUAAUUGCUCUGAUUCAGAUAAUUAUACUGUAAGAUUUUAAUCAAAGAGCGAACGCUAUGUUUACCAUAUGAUUAGAUCUUUUUCAGUAGCAAAUGUUUGAUAUCUUGUUACCUUGCCAGAUUGUGGCCACAGGCAUUGAUGUGGUGGAGGACAUCGCAGUGGACUGGAUAGGGAAGAACCUGUACUGGACAGACUACGGGAUGGAGACCAUAGAAGUGGUCAACCUGGCUGGAGAGAACAGGAUGGUGCUGUUCAGUGAAAAUAUCACCAACCCCAGGGCCAUCGAGGUCGACCCUAGAGACGGGUCAGUAGUCACAUAUUUUUGUGUUGGCUAUGAUAAGUGAACAGAAUUUUGUUAAUCGAAUAAUGAUAGUUUUUUUGUUGUUUUUUUUUGUUCUUUUCAAACAUUGAACAAACUAUGCCAAACAUUCAGUGUUGCCAUUAAUUUACUAAGGCUUGAGAUCUGGCAAUGCUUUCUAUGUUUGUUUUCCUAGCUUAACAUAACCUGAUAAAACUUCCCUCUAUGUGACAUACGGUAUUUUAGAGAAUGGUUUUUAAAGUCAUGAUUAAAAAUUGAAUUGCUUGUCAUGUUAAUUGUUCAAUUUUUAUGCUAUUUUAUAAACAUUUCACUUGCGCCGCAGGGUCCGCUAUUUGUUCUGGUCAGACUGGGGUCAGAAUCCUCGCAUUGAGCGGUCAGGACUGGACGGGUCCGGUCGAACUGUUCUGGUGUCUGAAAAACUCUUUUGGCCCAACGCCCUGACCAUCGACUACCCUAACAAGAGACUGUAUUUUGCCGACGCACGCAUGGAUUUCAUUGAGUUUUGCAAUUAUGACGGCUCAGGCAGACAUCAAGUUUUUGCCAAUGAUCAUGUGAGUAACCAGAAGUGUAUGGAGCACACAAAUUUCUCACAUUUCAUAUGGAAGACAGGUGUUUGUUCCUAUCUCCUUACCAGUCUGGCUGUUCCUGUCCCCUGACCAUUCUGGCUGUUCAUAUCCCCUCACCAGUAUGGCUGUUCAUAAUCCCUCACCAGUCUGACCGUUCCUAUCCCCUUACCAGUCUGGCUGUUCCAGUCCUCUGACCAUUUUGGCUGUUUGUAUCCCCUUACCAUUAUGCCUGUUCAUAUCCCCUUACCAGUCUGGCUCAAUCAUUUAUGUAUUUGUACGUAUAUUGAACAAAUGUAGAUUUAAUGAAAUGAUUGCUUGCCACCGGAUAUAAAAAGACAUGUAUCUUGAUUAUUUCUUUUUUAAAAAUGUUACACUUGUAUUUGAGAAAAUUGUAUUACUUAAUUUGACCCAUUACAUUUUAUAGAUUUACUGAAAUACUGGCUUUCAUUUUAGUUUUGACUCAAAUUGCAUAUUUUUGCUGCCACCCUUUUUCUGUGUGCUGGGCUGACUUGACUCUUCCCACCUCAGUUCCUGAGACACCCUCAUUCCCUGACCAUCUUUGAGGACUGGAUCUACUGGACAGACCGGGCGGCCAGCAGGGUUUCAAUGUGCAACAAGUUCAACUGCUCUGACAGGUCUGUCGUCGCCUCCAGCAUAUCCCGACCUCUGGGCAUUGCCGUCUACAACAUCAUCAAGCAGCCCACUGGUAGGUCAAAUCAAGAAAUGUGUGGGCAUUGACGUUCCUCCAUCACAUGGGACUGAUCAAUCUGCUGAUGCUUUCAAAGAUGUGCAGACUUUGUGUUUACUGCGUGGGACAUGGCUCGUAUUUUUGGGGAUGACAUGGAGAUACAAAUAUAUUCAAGAUUGUCAAAAGGUCUGAUUUGGCUAUCAAGUCAUUGAUAUCAUCAUGUCAUAAAAUAUUUUAGGUAGACACGAUAAUAUCAAUUAAUUUGAUGUCUGAAUCAGACCCUUUCACAAACUUGAAUGGAGAUUAUACAAUAUUUUAAGUAAAUUUAUUUCUUGAUCUUCAACCUACAAAUAUUCAUUAAUUAAAUGGAAAAUCCCAUGAAAUGUUGAAUCAAAAUUUUUUUUAAAUACAAUCUCUCAGGUACCAAUCCUUGCCAGGAUGCUCAUUGCAGCCAUCUUUGUCUGCUAUCACCACGACCCAGCGGCUACAGCUGUGCGUGCCCAAUAGGGAUGCAGCUGGACGGUACAGCUCACAGCUGUGUCAAAGGUACCGUACCUUCUGGUCACGUUUAUGUCAAUUCAUAUUUUUUCCACCCAUUUCCUGAUAUUUUGGUCCCAUUAAUUCUAAGGUCAGACCGUCUGCUUAAAGUUGAUAUUUUGAUCUAAAUUAAAUUUAAGUUUAGACCUUUUCUUACAGAUGUUAUUUUUCCCAGCUAGAAAUCAUCAUUGCACAAGGGGACUUUUCUGUACAAUACUAACUCAUUCUAACAACGCACACUGCGUUCAUCCGCCGUUCUCAAAAGCACGGACCAACGCGCUGUGCGUUGUUUCAAUAUCAUGUUUGUUUCUUUGCUAUUUCUCUACUAAACUUUUUACGAGCUAUUUUUAAAUAAGACUUUUACAUAGAAGAGUGGUCUUAUUGUUUACAAGCGAAACCAAGGUUUAUUUGUUGUCAUUUGAAGCAUUAUUUUGACAAUUUUCUUCACGUUUUUUUUUCAACUGUUGCUAUGGCUACCCUAGGCCCUAGUAGGUAAGUUUCCUAGACAAUUAACAGUUUAAAAAGCUUUGGAAGUGUUUUGAUAGUGAAGAUUAUUUAUAUUUAGAUGCAUCGCAUGAUUCUGAUAGUAGUAGUUUUAGAGGAAUUGAGUUAUAGAAGUGAAGAAGAGGUAUGCGUACAUCAGGGUUUGGGGAAAAACUGGUUUAGCAUAAAAUGUUUUAACAUUUUAUGGUUCUUUUCUGUAACUUAUUUUAUUUAAAGUGAAGAAAUAAGUUUACAAGCAUAUAGUCCUUUCAGUUACCUUUCAUUUGAUACCAAGUUUAGUCUUAUAAACCAAAGAAUAAUAUUUGAAAUAUUUUUUUAAUAAAUCCAACCUCUCACUCUUUUUCCGCUCUUCGGAAAAAAUUUGCAUUUUUUAUAAUAAAAAAAAUUCUGCUGCGCAAGACUUAAUCCUGUUAUCCAGUAGUUCUCAAGCUAUUUCAUAAUGCAAAUGAUGCUCUUUAACCAAUAAUGGUUUGAUUCACUCCUCAUUUCCAUCAAAAAUUGUUUUUGAAAAUAAGAAGCAAAAAUGUAAUUUAACAAAUUCAUGUAGACCUGACGCACAGACCACCAGUGAUCCUUAGGUAAUAUCAGAUUAAUCUGUCUCUCGGACCACCAAGCUGGGACACCUUGCUGUACUUUUUUAAAAUUAUAAUGUACACCAUAUAAUUUUCAAUCAGGUAUUUUCCUGUUUCUCCAAUAUGAUAUAUAAUAAAGUAUUUUUCUGUUUCCACCAUAUGAUUGUGAUAAAGUAUUUCCCUGUUUCUGCAAUAUGAUUUAUGAUAAAAGUCUUUUUUUUAAACAAACCCCCCCUCCCCAAUGUUGUUCAGAUUCCUCUGAGAUCCUGUUGUUCAUGCAGUCUCGCUUCAUUGCCGGGAUCAAACUAGGCAGCACCAAUGUCACAGGUAUUGUACCGGUCAGCUCCAUCAGCAGCGGUCAAGAUUUUGAUUUUGACAGCAAGGAGGGAUUCAUCUAUUAUGUGGAAAAGAUCAAUGUUAGUACAGUGUUGCUACUUUUUUCAAGGAUGAUAGUGCUGUGUGAACGUGUGAGGUCAGGUUGAUGUACUUUGUGAGGUCAAGUUGAUGGGUAAUGUUUAAGUCGAUUUAAACUUUGUUGGUGACGGGGGUGUCUUUGUUAGGGUGUGUGCGUAUGAUCAUUAACAAGACUGUACUAUAUUUUGGGGGAAUAAAAAGUUAAUAAGAACAUUUAACUUAUAACUGGUUUGAACUACUGUAUACCUAUCACAAUGUCAUUAAUUUUACUUCUUCCAUUCUUGAGAGGAUGUUGGUUUCUUUUUUUUUUUGUAGUGGAGUUUUUGUUGUUGUUUUUUUUCCAGCUUUUCUUAUUUAUGGAUGUUUGAAUUGAUUUACCCACAGGGCAGUCUCAAGAGGAUUCAGCUGAAUGGCCGCAACACGUCUGAGUUUGUGCCCACCGCUGUGAUAGGAAGUCCCAAUGCCAUCGCCAUUGACUGGAUGUCCAGGAAUCUCUUCUGGGCCAAUGCUGCGGCCGGAUUGAUGGAGGUGAUGAUUAGAAUUUAGAACAUAGGCUGGUACAGUAAUCUAACAAUGAGAUUAAGUUGUGAAAAUAUCAAAGAUGCUUGCACGCGAAGUGCCUGCGGUUGUAGAAAUGCCAACUAAAUCUCAAACACAAAUUAAAUAUUUACACCAAGACAGGAGUAAGGUUACACCAUAAGACUUCAGUCAACAACAAUCACACUCAUCCAUCUUGUCCUAGUUUUGUUUUCAUUUUUAUCUGUUUAGCUUGUCAUCUCUGAUUCAAAUAGUAACUGCGGGAUUGCACUUUGUAAAGUUUUGGGGGAUUGCACAUUGUAAAGUUUUGGGGGAUUGCACUUUGUAAAAUUUUGGGGGAUUGCACUUUGUAAAAUUUUGGGGGAUUGCACUUUGUAAAAUUUUGGGGGAUUGCACUUUGUAAAAUUUUGGGGGAUUGCACUUUGUAAAAUUUUGGGGGAUUGCACUUUGUAAAGUUUUGGGGGAUUGCACUUUGUAAAGUUUUGGGGAUUGCACUUUGUAAAAUUUUGGGGGAUUGCACUUUGUAAAAUUUUGGGGGAUUGCACUUUGUAAAGUUUUGGGGGAUUGCACUUUGUAAAGUUUUGGGGGAUUGCACUUUGUAAAAUUUUGGGGGAUUGCACUUUGUAAAGUUUUGGGGGAUUGCACUUUGUAAAAUUUUGGGGGAUUGCACUUUGUAAAAUUUUUCAAUAUGAUGUGAAGAAAUCUUAAAAUAAAAGAGAAUACAGGUUUUGGAUAACCAGCAAUCUAGAAUAAAUUUCGUUAAAUAACUUUUACAGAAUUGUAUAAAUCAUAUAUUAUGCCCUGAUCAUGGAAUAAUGAAAAACACCUUACCAAAGUCAGGUUAUCAGGUGUCGAUCAAUAGUUCAAAGUUUAUGUUUGUGUUUUUUUAUAACCAGGUCAUGAGAUUGGAUGGCCCAGAACACUACAGGAGAGUGUUGCUAAGCAAUAACGGCAGGAGGAGAGACGUGGCCAACCCACUCUCCCUGUGUGUUGAUCCUGGAAGAGGGUGAGUUGUGGCGGAGACCAUCAUUAUACAACUGAUCUAUUUAUUGAAAGGUUACGUGACUGGAGUUGUCAGAAGGUGGGGGCUGAAACAAGACUUACAUAUCUCUGGUGAAGAAUUAAUAUGAAUGUUAUUUGAUUUUUUAGAUUGCUUUACUGGGGUGACGGCGGUGUGCCAGGUGUGCCAGCAAAGAUAGCCGUGGUUGAUAUGGACGGCUCAAACCCCAGAGUGCUGCUGUCUGUGGGGAUCAGAACCCCUACAUACAUGACUCUAGACACACAGUCCCAGUGCUUGUACUUCACAGACACAUUCCACAACAAG